GGAAGGUUAGGUACAGUAUUCUGCUACAGGUUUUCAUCGCUGUACUUAUUUAUUUAUUAUGCUUAUUUUUCAUCUUCCUCUCGCUACCACAGAUUUUCCAUUACAACUUGACGUAAUCUUACAUAUAUUGUCUGUCGAAUAAUGUUCUAGCAUUAAGAAAUUGGCAACGCUACGUAUGGAAACAUGAUUUGAAAUGUGAGCAUGGAUCUGCGAAAGAAAAUUGUGGAGCGUUUUAAAAGCGUUUGGAGACCAAAAGGAAGAGCAGUAAUUUCGAAAAAUAUUUGUUUAGCAUGUUUUGAUAAAGGUCCAAGACCUUUGUUUCGCUUUCCAAAUAAUCGGACACGGAUACCAUUAUGGUUACGAGCAAUAGAUAGAGAAGAUCUGCUAGAGUGUGAUCCAAAUUAUAUAUAUUAUAAUGCUAGACUAUGUGAUGCUCAUUUUGCUGACUGGGCAUUUACUAGUUCUGAACGGGUGAAAUUAAUAUCGUAUGCAAUGCCAUGCCAAGAGCAACCACCAUCCGAUUCUUUAGAGAAUUCAAAUUCUAACCUAGUUCCUAAGAUUGCAUCUCGAGUUGUACCUGAAACUUUCACUACCAGUACAAAUAUUCCAAUUCAGUCUGAAAACAAUCAUGUUACUGUAAAUGCUGAUAAUGUGAUUUUGAAGGCAACUCAAAUACCAAAAUAUAAGGAUUUGUUUACAUGUGCAGAUGAAAUGAAACUACUCAUCAAGCAAGUUAAGAAUCAUCCAGUGUUAUAUGUUCCAUAUCAUGUGGAUUAUAAAAAAGGCUAUGUGAAAGAUACCAUUUGGAAUGAAAUAGCUAGGAGAUUAAAAUAUGCAAAUGGAAAUGAAGCUGAAGUUCAAUGGAAUUAUUUGACAAACUGCUACAGGUUUGCUUUAGAAGUCCGAAAUAAGAAGAGACCUAAAAAGAAUAUAAGUAUUUGGAGUGGCUACAAAGAAAUGGAAUUUUUACUCCCAUUCAUGGAUAUUUGUCCAAUGAUAACUUCUUCACAAUUAAAUGGAGAUGAAUAUGUUAGCAACACUGAAAGUGAAUCAGAAUUGCUCAUUCAAGAAUCUUCAGAUGAAGAAAGUGUUCGUGUUUCUGGCAGUGGAAAUUCUGAAGACCAUAACCAGUCAUCAUCAUCAGAAAUAGUUAUUGCUGAAUGCACAAUUUAUAAUAAACAACCAUCAGAUUUAUUAGACUCUAGAAAUAUAAAACUGGUUGCCUGUAAAGAGAUGAAAAGUCCAAGUAAUUGUAAUAUAACUGAUGAAACAGAGCUCAUAUCAAAUUGUACAAUUGAUUUUUCUGGUGAUAAUAUGGAUGUUCGGGAUCAAAAUGAUGAAACGUCUUUAGUAUUGAUAGUUGAUGAUUGCUCUGUGGAUAUCCAGGAUGAAAACGAUGAGACAUCUUUAGGUAUAGUUGAUGAAAGUUCUAUAGAUGUUCAAGAUGAAAAUGAUGAGACAUCUUUAGAAGUAGCUACUGAUGAAUGCUCAGUUUAUGAUAAUUUUUCCUCAAAAAUGACUAGUUUAAAGAAAACAAAAGUUAAUGCAUCUAGUCGUAAAAGACCUCUAGAUCAUGAUAAAAUAUGCAGUGAAAGAGAUUUGAAAUCAAGGAAAACAAUAGAUGGUGAUGAACAAAUUCAAAAACAAGAUGGACUGUACCAGUUUUUUAUGUCUGUGUACUCUACAACCAAAUCUCUGCCAAGAGUAUCCCAACAGAAAAUACAGAAAAAAGUGCUUGAGAUAGUUUUAAGGGCUGAAGAACAACUAGAAUCUGAUGUGUGUGUCUCCACAACAAGUUGAUAAUGUCUGAAAAUUAUCAAAUUCUAUAUAUUUUAUCAAAUGCUGUGCAAAGUAAUGUUUUCUUUAUGAGAAAAAUUAAUUUUUAUUUAGGUACCACAUAACUGAAACAUUUUAAGACUAAUUUCUAGGUAUAAGAAAUUGUUCUAAUUAUUCUUGUAUUAUAUACAACAAAUGUCUAUAUGAUAAAUUUUAUUUUUGUUGAUAUUUGUAAAAUAAUUUAUUGUUAGCCAUAAUGUACCUGAAAAUUUUUGUUGAUGAAAAAUCUAGUAUCAUUCUCUCAUCAAAUAAGGCUUAUGAAAACCUUAUUUGAUGAGAGAAAAAAGAAAUAAUGGUAUUUUCUGAUUAUCUGCACCCCCAGUUUUAGUGUUUGUUCAGUAGAACUGACAUGUUUUUGGCUUAUUUGUGAGUAUGCAUAUGGCAACAGUCAACCCACCCAUAUGCAUACCAUGCUGUUUAAAAACAAGUUUAUGCACAUGAAUUUAAAUUAUUAUGUUAUUGAACAGUUAACUGCCAUUGAAAUAUAAAUGUGAGCCACAUGAAGUUUUUUCUUUCACAAAAUAAUCUUAAUUUUUUAAAAAACAACUCUAUUUAUUAAUCAUUCAUGAAGGAAAGAUUGCACCCAUGAAUCUAAAAAAUGACAGAAGUUUUUCAUCAAGUCAUCAAUGAAUUGGCUUGGAAGUGCAAUAAUUAGAACGCAUUGAAAUAAUUCUUUGUUGCCAUUUUAAUUUUUGAUCUCAUUCAAAGGUCAAGUAUUUUUUAUUUGUUUAUUUUAUUUUUGUUAAUGUGAAAUUAUUAUUAAAGACAUCUUUAGCAGAGGCCUUUCAAAUUUUUCAUAGCCAUUAAUUUGUUCCCUUGCCAUUUAUUAUCUACAGUAUGUGGCUAGUGUUGUCAUUGUACAACAUAUAAGAUUUUUAUUCUGCAUGAGGCCUAGCAAAUAACCAAUAUCUGGAUUUUUGCCAUUUGAUGUCACAUCAAAUUUUCAUCUCUCAUACUGUAAGUAUUUAACAAACUGAUUUAAAAUCAAUAAAUGCAUAUUUUGAUUUACACUUUUAUUUAAUUUUCUAAUAAUGUAGUUAAUUUGUGUAAUAUAAAAUGCAUUUAAUUAACAAUGUAUGCAACUGCUAAUGUUUAUGAACAUUUGCAAGAUUAUUGACAUUUGUAAAAGAAAUUUCUAAUGCCAGAUGUUAUGUAUAUCAAUAUAGAAUUUUUGAUUUUAUUUUACCAUAAAUUUAUUUUCAAGUGUCUUGUUUUAUUCCUGAUGUAAUUGUUGUUUUAAAAAGAACUAAUUCAAAUUUAAUUUGCAUUCCUAUAUUUAAUUUUAAUAAAUACUAAUUGGCACUCUUAAGACAUCCAAUUUCUUUAAUACAUGUUUUUUAUACUUGGGGGUGGGGGAUUUUUAUGAUACCUCAAUAAAAAGAAGCCUAAAAUUUUUAAUUUCUAUUUUUGUAGGAGAUAUAUAUCGUUAAUUAGUACAUUUUUUCCACAAGAAAGUUGAAAAAUGUUAGUGGGUUGUAAGAUUUGAAUUUUAAGAAAUUGGCAUUAGAUAUAAUGUUUCUGAAAAAUUAAGGAAAUUAUGGUAUUUCUUCAAAAAAUUAAACUGCCUCCCACCUUUUUUUUAAACAUCAAAUUUGUAGAGUAAUUAAAUAAGCUGUGAAGGAAACUAUAAGAAACAUAAGGAUGUGUAGGUUCCUGUCGAUAACUUAUGCAUAUUUGUCAUAUUACGUAUCUAGAAAGCCAAAUUUUUAUUAAUUUUUUUAUGUAGAAUUAUUACUAUAGAAAUAAAAAUGCUCAUAAAUGUUA